AUGGAGCUCAGCAUGCUUCUCCUGCUGGCCGUCCUCACGGGCCUUGUGCUGCUCCUGGUCAGGGGCCACCCUAAGACCCGUGGCCACCUCCCCCCUGGACCGCGUCCCCUGCCCUUCUUGGGGAAUCUUCUGCAAAUGGACAUGAGGGGCCUUCUCAGCUCUUUCCUGCGGUUCCGAGAGAAAUAUGGGGACGUGUUCACGGUGUACCUGGGACCCAAACCCGUGGUCGUGCUGUGUGGGACGGAGGCCAUCCGGGAAGCCCUUGUGGACCAAGCAGAGACCUUCUCUGGCAGGGGCAAGAUCGCUGUCAUCGAACCGGUUUUCCAGGGCUACGGAGUGAUCUUUGCCAACGGGGAACGCUGGCGCGUCCUGCGGAGAUUCUCUCUGGCCACCAUGCGGGACUUCGGCAUGGGCAAGCGCAGCGUGGAGGAGCGGAUACAGGAGGAGGCUCAGUGCCUGGUGGAGGAGCUGCGCAAGUCCCAGGGAGCCCUCCUGGAUACCACCUUGCUCUUCCACCUUGUCACGGCCAACAUCAUCUGCUCCAUCGUCUUUGGGAAACGCUUCGACUAUAAGGACCCAGUGUUCCUGAGGCUGCUGGACAUGUUCUAUAAGAGCUUCUCCCUCCUCAGCUCUUUCUCCAGCCAGAUGUUUGAGCUCUGCUCCAGCUUCCUAAAGCACUUUCCCGGCGCACACAGGCAAAUCUACAAAAACCUGCAGGAAAUCAACACUUUCAUUGGCCACAGCGUGGAGGAGCACCGCCAGACCCUGGACCCCAGCAACCCCCGGGACUUCAUCGACACAUACCUGCUCCGCAUGGACAAAGAGAAGUCCAACCCGAGCAGUGAGUUCCACCACAAGAACCUCAUCAUCACCGUGCUCUCGCUCUUCUUCGCCGGCACGGAGACCAGCAGCACCACCCUCCGCUACGGCUUCCUGCUCAUGCUGAAAUACCCGCACGUCAGAGAGAGGGUCCAGAAGGAGAUUGACCAGGUGAUCGGCUCACACCGCGCCCCGGCCCUGGACGACCGAGCCAAGAUGCCUUACACGGAUGCGGUCAUCCAUGAGAUCCAGAGGUUUUCAGACCUCAUCCCCAUCGGGGUGCCCCACGUGGUCACCCAAGACACUCAAUUCCGAGGCUAUGUCAUUCCCAAGAACACGGAAGUGUACCCCAUCCUAAGCUCAGCUCUCCAUGACCCGCAUUACUUUGAAACACCACACACCUUUAACCCUGACCACUUCCUGGAUGCCAAUGGGGGGCUGAAGAAGAAUGAAGCCUUUAUGCCGUUCUCCACAGGCAAGCGCAUCUGCCUCGGCGAAGGCAUUGCCCGUUCCGAGUUGUUCCUCUUCUUCACCACCAUCCUGCAGAACUUCUCCGUGACCGGCCCUGUGGCCCCUGAGGACAUCGACCUCACGCCUCAGGAGAGUGGUGUGGGCAGAAUACCCCCCGCGUACAAGAUCCGCUUCCUGGCCCGCUAAGCAGGCUGGCAGAAAAGGGGCCACUGAUGCUGGUCAUUACACGUCCCCAACCCCUGUGCAGAAGAGUCCCUAACUCUUCCUUUGUCUUCCUGCUUCUGGAACCGGCUGCCAGAGUCCCUCCCCUUAUUGUCACAUCUCCUUCCGCCCUGGUACAGACACCUUCCUUGGUGUGCACAGACAAGGGGAACCCUGGCUUGGGACCCCGCUACACUUCCACUUCCAAGGCCACAGCUCAUGCCAGGAGACUGCUCCCCUGUUUAGAACCACUGCAGGGGACAGCAUAACCUCCAUCCUAUUCCAGUUCCGGCUGCUCCACUUCUAAUCCAGCUCCCUGCUGAUGCACCUGGGAAAGCAGCGGAAUAUGUUCCAAGUGCUUGGGCCCCUCCCUGCGCCCCCGUGGGAGACCCAGAGGAAGCAUCUGUGGACUGGCUCGACUCCAGCCAUCAUAGCCAUCUGGGGAGUGAACCAGCAGACGAAAGAUCUCUGUGUGUGUCUCUUCUCUCUGUAACUUUGCCUUUCCAAUAAAAAUAAAA